UAAAACAGGAUAACGUGAAAGAGACGAGGCGUGGUGACGUCACUGGCGCUCCUCCAGUCGACGCCGCAGUCAUGGAGGAAGUGAGAGUGUUUCCUCUGACAUGCGCCGUGCAGAACUACGCGUGGGGGAAGGCUGGGCUGGACAGCGAGGUGGCCAAACUGGUGGUCGGUGGAGACCCGCUGGCUGUCAUAGACGAGAAACCCUAUGCAGAGCUGUGGAUGGGUGCCCACCCUAAGGGCGACGCUCAGAUCAAAGACAACAGGAUCACGCAGACCACACUGGGUCAGUGGAUCGCCCAUUACCCAGCAUGCCUGGGCUCCAAAGUGAAAGAUGCCUUCCAGGGUCAGCUGCCUUUUCUCUUCAAAGUGCUGUCUGUAAACACAGCUUUGUCUAUACAGGCACACCCCAACAAGGACUUGGCUGCCCGUCUCCAUGCUCAGUUUCCGGAGCACUAUCCCGACACCAACCACAAGCCAGAGAUGGCCAUCGCCCUCACCCGCUUCCAAGGCCUCUGCGGUUUCAGACCAGUGGAGGAGAUCCUGGCCUUCCUCCAACGCGUGCCGGAGUUUCACGCUCUGGUGGGAAACGAAGCAGCGGAGGAGCUGCAGCACGCUGUGGGGGACGGUGCUCGCACCAGCCAGGCUCUGAAGAAGUGCUUCACCAGGAUGAUGAGCUGCGAGAAGAAGGUGUUUGUGGAUGAGCUCAAUGAGCUGGUUAAGAGGGUCACAGAGGAAGGAGCGGCUGGAAAGGACACGUCAGGCAGCAACGGGGAUCUCCUGCUGCGCCUCCACUCCCAGUACCCUGGAGACAUUGGCUGCUUCUCCAUAUACUUCCUGAAUUAUGUGGUCCUGGAACCAGGUCAGGCCAUGUUCCUGGGAGCCAACGAACCUCAUGCUUACCUUUACGGAGACUGUAUCGAGUGCAUGGCUUGCUCGGACAACACAGUCAGGGCUGGACUGACGCGGAAAUACAUCGACGUGAGCACCCUGUGUGAGAUGUUGAACUACAGUCCAGCGCCUGCCUCCUCCAAAAUCUUCCCGUGUGUUCAGGACCCCUCAGACCCCUGUGUCACCCUGUAUGACCCCCCAGUGCCAGACUUCACCGUCAUAAAAAUACAGGUCCCAGCCUCAGUGAAGGACUACACUGUUGCUCCAGUUGACAGUGCCAGCAUUCUCCUGGUCAUUGAAGGCGACGCUAUGGCAACAGCUCCCGCCGCUCACUCUGACAUCACAAUGAGGCGGGGCACCGUCCUGUUUGUCUCAGCCAAUGAGAGCCUGUCGCUGCACAUCUCAUCUCCGUCAGGGAUGCUCCUGUUUCGGGCCUGCAGCCUCCUGUAGCCGCGUGUCAGUGCGGUACUUCCUGUUUCUCUGUGCGUGGUGAAUCGGGUGCAGUGUGUCAGUGGGUGGAAGCUCUGAAAUCCUGUUUGCUGUUUCCCAGCAGAGCCCUCGUUGUAAUCUAUGGGUGGUUGUGCACCUCCAGCCCUGUUUUUAAAGUCACAAUACUACACGGUUAGAUCUGAAUGCAGAUUAAAGAGAAAAACAUGGAGAGUUUGUCAAUCAUUUGUUUUUGGGUGCUGGUUUUUUGACACUGUAUUUAAAAAAGGAAUGUUUCUCAUAAUUCAACUUUACUAAUAGUUUUAAAUGUAUGGGUGUGUGAACAAUCUACUACAAACUGGAGUUCAUUUCAAAUAGAUCAACUGUACCCAUGACAUUUUUCCAGAUAUUCUCCUUAUUUUCUGCUUGGGAUAAAGAAAUUGUAUUUAUUUUUCACAAUAUUUCCAGGAACCAGUAUUUUAUUCCCACCAGGAACAGCUGUUAAACGCCAGUUGAGUUUGUUUUGAAGUAAUAAAUCUUCAUCACUCAGAGACACAAAGGCUUGUCGCGAAGGAAGCCAUCUUCAAUAGAAAGUGGCUAAUCCCAGAAGGUCCAGAGAAAUUGUGAUAGUAAAAAUGAAUAAACAUGUUGCUUUGGUUAAAACCUUCAGUUUUAUGUCCAUAUGGCUAAUUUACACUUUAUUUUAUCUUUAGCCACAUCCCCAAAAGUAACAGGCGAGUAGCUCUAAGACUCCAUGUUGAUGCUGAUGCUAAACUUGUGUUUAAUGUUUUAGAGCAUCUGUGCAUGAAGAAAUCCUCAAGGUUAUGAGCAGAAGGGAAGGACAUUGCAUUGCCUGCUGCAUGUUUGUUUAAACUGUUUAGGUUGAAAGCAUUGAUUACUCAUGUCUUCAGAACAAAAUACUGCAUGUGGUGCAUUUGGAAAAGUUUUUGUUUGUUGUUUAUUUUGUACCACAGUCAAUCUAGUUUUCAGGAAUUCUUGAUCUAACCUUUAUGCUAUCCAAGGCACUUUAACAAUUUAACUUUUUGGGAGUGGGGUCAUCUAGACCCACUAGACAGUGCGCCAAACCUUUUUUCUUCAAUGACUUAUGAUCUUCACUGGUGUCCAUGAAUUACAUGAAAUCCUCUUCACCUUUAUCCACCUUUGUCCUGGUAGGGAUGACACACCAAUGUAAGGGUGGGGUCAUCUGGACCCCACAAGAUAGCACAAGGGUUAAACAGUGGUGCAGUGUCUCUGUGGAGCUGUACCCAAAGGAUGCUGCAUGCGACUCUGCAGCUCCUCUGGGUUGGACGUGAACUCCGUCUGUGGAUUUUAUUUUGAAGAUCUGACACCAUCAUACACACAUUUUCUCAUGCCUGUGUGUGAAAACAGAAUAUUUUUAUGCUAACUGAUGCUCUUCUCUGUCUUGUGAUCCUGGUUGGAUGUUUAGAUGCAUUAAACUUUUUUUAUUUUUGUUAAACUGUUAAAUAUUAAAGAAUUAGAAAAGUUACAUGUUGUAUAAUUUAAAACUAUACCUCUUCUCUAUCUUAGUUUUCAUUAAAAAAAUACCUGCAGCUAAUUGUUCCUAAAGGUGUGGAAUUUUGUUCUGUAACUAAAUGUGACCUUAAGACGGCCUUUAGUAUAAACCUUUGAUAAUAUUGUCCUGUUUGUUUCGAUCACGGUUUACUUAGCUUUUUUGGGUGGGGGGGGUCACAAUAAGUGAAGAUCACCUAAAUAUAUAUAUUCAAAAAAAAAAAAAGUUCCUUUUGUGGGAAAGUCUUUUGGGGGGAAAAUGUUUGGUCAAGUUCAGUAUUUUUGAAUGAGGCAUUGAUAGCAUGAAUCUUAAAUGUGGUGACUUUAAUAAAAACCUGUUCUCUGAAGAUA